AUGGAAACACCAACCGUCCCCAUCAACUUUGUGCCAGCCACAGGCGGUGAGACUUUCAAACUUGGGACCAUCACCAUCCGCAUCAUGGAGGACGGAUCAAGGACAGAUAAUCGGAUAGGCAGCGCCGAGUUCACCGUGCCACCUCACACAUCUGGCCCGCCACCUCACUGGCAUGAAAUGCAUGACGAAACUUUUCUCGUAACGCAAGGCACCCUGCGCUUCCACGCGCUCAACGGCCAGACCGUCGAUGCCGCAACAGGAGACUACGUGACGGUUCCCACGCGAUCUCCUCACACAUUCAGCAAUCCUUACGACCAGGAGGCCAAGUUCUUCAACACAUACACCCCGGCUUUCUAUAUCAAUUACUUCAAGUUGUUGGCGACGAUGAGUGAGGCUGGCAAACCAAUGAGUCCGGAGGCGAAUAAGAGGGCUAUGGCGUAUUUUGCCACGAUUGGUGUGGCGGAUGAUGAGAUGCUGGUGGACAGGGAGCAGUUCUAUGGGAAAGGCAGUGCGAAGGCGGAGAAGAAGUGA